CAUACACUGGUAGAAGCUUCCUUUCCGACCUUCACCCUUCAUUUAAACCCUCUCUCACAAAGUAAACCCCGACAUUUGGGCUAUUAGCCACUCAUCGCGAUCAAUCACCCAAAAUAAGAAAAAUGACUGACAAAGGACAAUUCGAGCAGGGCUACAAGGUGCCCGUAACGGACCAAGACUUCCCUGGCAAGGAGGGAAAGCUACCGGUCACCCCUCUGUUCGACCGUGUCCCGACUGCUGAUGGCGGCUCCAAGCUGUACCAGGCCGCAGGAAAGCUUGAAGGACUGAAAGCUGUCAUCACCGGUGGUGAUUCCGGAAUCGGUCGCGCUACGGCAAUUCUGUUCGCUAUGGAGGGUUCUGACUCUUUGAUCGCAUACCUCCCCGACGAAGAGGAGGACGCCCAGGAGACCAAGAAGCGUGUCGAAGAGUAUGGUCGCAAGUGCUAUCUUGUCGCGACCGACAUCACUGAUCGCGCCAAUUGCCAAAAGAUUGUCGACGUUGCUCUAGAGAAACUUGGUGGUAUCGACAUUCUGUUCAAUAACGCAGCCUACCAGAUGAUGGUAGAGGAUAUCAAAGACUUGUCGGAGGACCAGUGGAUCCACACCUUCAACACCAACAUCCACCCCAUCUUCUAUUUGUCCAAGUACGCUCUGCCUCACAUGAAGAAGGGCGCAACGAUCAUCAACAACGCGAGCAUCAACGCAUACAUCGGCCGUCCGGAUCUUCUGGACUACACGUCCACCAAGGGCGCCAUCAUCUCAUUCACCCGAGGGUUGAGUAACCAAUGGUGCGACAAGGGCAUUCGUGUGAAUGCAGUUGCUCCAGGUCCAGUCUGGACACCGUUGAUUCCCGCGACAAUGAACGAGGAGGCCCAGAAGCAGUUCACGAGCCCGAUCGGUCGUCCAUCGCAGCCCUCCGAGAUUGCGACCUGUGUCGUGUUUCUCGCUUCUACCGACAGCGCAAGCAUUACAGGACAGACUAUCCACUGCAACGGAGGUGUUAUUGUCAACGGCUAAGCUCAUUGUCUGUAAUUUAUAGCGGUUGAAUGUAUGUAACAGUAGUAAUUAGCCGGUACGACCAGGUCGAUGAUGUAUGAUAAACUAAAACCAUGUUAGCUUCAAAUAUGUUUGGCUUGACAUCUGCUUAAC